AUAAAUACAGGUGCAUGUAUAUGUACGUAAUAUUUUAAAAAGUCGGGGUCUCUUUGUGGUGUGUGUGUGAGAGAGAGAGGUUUUAAAAGCUAGGCUACAUUCAUACAAAGUUGAGAGGGUAUUUGAUAUGAAUAUUUUAAUGUUGUUGGGGGUGUCAAAGUGAAAGUGAGUUGAGAGAAAAAAAUAGUUGUUCUUGGGGUAGAAGCAGGGGAAGCCCAAAAUGGUUAUGGAGAUGCGAGCCUCCGCCAUUGAUAGAGCAGGAGCAACAGCAAGAAAAGGAACAUUCUCUGUACUCUUUCUCUUCCUACUUUUCAUUUUAAUCCUCUUCAUCCUUUAAUCCUAACAUUCAAACUCACAUACCGUUUUUCUUCUUUCUUUUUUCUUUUCGGUUUGGAGAAAAGAAAGAUAAUUUUCUUCUCUUUUAAAGCAUCAAGAUCUUAUUUUUAAAUCAAUUAUAGCCAGAUUUACAUAUCCAAAGCAAGCCCACAUCUUUUCCUGAUCUGGGCUUUGUAUUUUUCCUAUUGGUAAGCUGCUUUGUUGCUGAAUUCCUGAACUACCUUAAAAUACUUUGUGGUCGGUGGAGUACUUGUUGAAAUAUUUCUUUUUUUUUUUUUUGGUUUUCUGUUUCGGCUAAACUUUCUUCUUUUUCUUUUUAUUUGCAAUAACUUAAUCUCUUGAUUUUCUGUUUUUUGGGUGCUAUCUGGGUCCUGGGUUUGUUUGGUGAAAGAAUCAGCCUUGUAGUCCAAUAUUCAUGAUUCUUGGAAGGUUGAAAUUUCUUUUUUCUUUAGGUUUUAGGUUGUUCUCGAAUUUAUUUGUGGAACCCUGUAAACCCUUGAAUCUUUUUGUUGUUGUACAAUCAUAAAUUCCGUUGUUCCAGUCAUACAAUUUAGGCGUUUAUUUAUCGCCUGUUUUUUGUGUGAAUUUGGGGAUUUGUUUUCAUGUGUGGAGUAAAAUAAAGCGGAAAACAAAUAUUACUUCUAUCUUGAAAAGGGAUCAAACCCACCAUUUUUACCGUGGGUUUUGAUAUUUUUUCAGUCAAUUCAAAUAAAGUUUCAAUUUUUCCCUUUCAAACAAAAACUAACCCAACAGUACAGAAAUUUUUGUUCCGGGAAAGCAAUAAUUUGACUGCUAUGCAUUGUGGGACACUGCUUGUAUAUGGGAAUGCGAGAUAGUUUGCUCCUGAAUUUCAUUCACAAAGUUAGAUCUUGGAUUCUCUUGGGAAAUAGUGAUAUAGAUUACGUAUUCGGUGGAUUCAAGACGAUGGAUAAAAAUAACAGCAUAUGUUGGAUUUGCAAAAGGAGUGUACUAAAAUUCGACCUCAAAUACCACUGUCAAAGCUGUGGGAGCAUGUCCUGUGAGAAGUGUGUUGCGCAGGAACAUAUAAAUGAGGAAUUUGGGAGUGUAUUUAGCAUGAAGUCUUGCAAGCUUUGCUGUGAAUUUUCUCUUCUGAGCAAAAGUGAUCGAAAAUGCAGUGGUAAAGUUUAUCCUUCUGAGUCCCCAAGGCAAAGCCCGGAAUUGCCGUCACCAACUUUUAGUGGUGAGAGGUUUGACAUUCAUUCAUCUCCCAUGUCAGCUCAUUGCUCGACAAGCAGGAUUGAUGAAGAUGACAAGGAAUACUUACAUGAUAUUUCUGACUUAGAUUCGAGUAGUCUUACUGUUAGACAUGAAUUUUACAACCCCAUGUCUUCAGGGUCGAGCCCUUCAGACAGCCCUUCUAGGCUCCAUAUUAGUCCAAGCCAAGUUGAGCAGUCUCUACAGCCGUUAGAUUUCGAGACAAAUGGCCCAAUUUGGUUCCCUCCCAAACCUGAUGAUUUUUGUGACGAGACGGGAAAUAAAUUGUUUAUUUAUGAUGAUGACGAGGAUGAUGAUGUUGGGGAAGCGGGUUUUUUUUAUUCCCCUACUAUUAAUAUUGAUACAGUAUUUUCGGACAAGGAAAAACGAGAUUUUGACCAUAAGGAAAAGUGGAGGGGUGUGGUGGAGGGGCAUUUUAGGGCACUUGUGUCACAACUUUUGCAAGGGCAGGGAAUAGUUGGUGAGGAGUGGGUUGAUAUUGUGACUGCUAUUUCUUGGCAAGCUGCUAAGUUUAUUAAGCCGAAUACUAGUAGAGGUGGAAGCAUGGAUCCGUGUGAAUAUUUGAAGGUCAAAUGUGUGGCUUCUGGGAAUCCAGGCGAAAGCAAACUCAUCAAAGGAGUAGUUUGUACGAAGAACAUAAAGCACAAACGCAUGACAUCCCAAUACAAAAAUGCAAGGCUACUUAUUCUAGGAGGAUCUCUCGAGUACCAAAGAGUUCCCAAUCAGCUUGCAUCUUUCGAGACAUUACUGCAACAAGAAAAUGAUCACUUGAAAAAUAUCGUCUUGAAGAUAGAGGCACACCGUCCUAAUGUUCUGCUUGUCGAGAAAAGUGUGUCUUCAUUUGCUUUAGAGCAUUUACUAGCGAAAGAGAUAUCUUUGGUUUUAAAUGUUAAAAGACCACUAUUGGAAAGGAUUGCAAGAUGCUCUGGUGCUAGUAUAACUCCCUCGAUCGAGCACUUGUCCACAACGAGGUUGGGGCACUGUGAACUGUUCCGCUUGGAGAAAGUUCCGGAAGAACACGAGCCAAUGAAUCAAAUUAACAAGAAGCCAUCUAAAACUUUGAUGUUUUUCGAGGGUUGUCCCAGGCGCCUAGGUUGCACGGUUGUACUGCGUGGCUCAUUUCGCAAAGAACUUAAGAAAGUCAAACACGUUGUCCAGUAUGCCGUCUUUGCAGCAUAUCAUUUGUCCCUCGAGACCUCCUUUCUUGCGGACGAGGGCGCCAAACUUCCCAAAUUACACUCAAAAUCAUUACCUUUUGCUAACACAGAAGAAAUUUCUUCCGCCAGUACUAAUUUACUAUCAGCAGAUCUCAAUCUGCAAGAAUCCCCAUCUGAACUUAGCCACACCAACGACUAUGUCAUUUCCAUGCCGAAUGAACUUGGAUACUGUGAAGCACUCUCUCCCAAUAGUCUGAAAACCGGAAUUAAUCAAAAGGAAUGCUUUUCAGCUAACGAUGCUCAUCAGAGCAUAUUAGUUGCCUUCUCUAGUCACUGUAUGGCUAAGGGAAGUGUGUGUGAGAGAUCACGGCUGGUUCGGAUUAAGUUUUAUGGGCCGUCUGAUAAGCCACUCGGGAGAUAUCUCAGGGAUGAUCUUUUUGAUCAGUCGAAUGUGUGCCAGUCGUGCAAGGAUCCCGCUGAAGCCCACGUGAUGUGCUAUACACAUCAGAAUGCGAAUCUCACGAUAAAUGUAAAGUGCUUGCCUUCGGUUAAGCUUCCCGGGGAAGAAGAUGGAAAGAUAUGGAUGUGGCAUAGGUGCCUCAGGUGUGCCUACGUGGACGGGGUCCCGCCAGCUGUCCAGCGGGUGGUUAUGUCUGAUGCAGCCUGGGGGCUCUCGUUUGGGAAGUUUCUAGAACUUAGUUUUUCGAGCCAUACGACAGGCAAUCGUGUUGCGGGCUGUGGCCACUCACUGCAAAGGGACUGCCUCAGUUUUGGCAAUAUGGUUGCUUUCUUCCGAUAUUCUCCGAUCGACAUCCUCUCCGUUCGUUUGCCUCCUUCGAUUCUUGAGUUCUGUGGUCCUAAUGAACAAAGCUGGGUGAGAGAUGAGCUGGAUGAGCUUCUGAGAAAGGCAAGAGCGUUUCACGCUGAGGUAUCGGGUUUUCUCGAAGAAUUCAGAGUCAAAAGUUUAUCUUUUGCCGACGAAUUCCCGGAUGCAAACGAGCUGCACGACCAUAUCCUACAGCUGAACAACAUGCUUUCCGAAGAAAAAAGCUGUUACAAAGGUUUGCUCCAACUAGCCGACGAAACUCCCCAAAAUCACGACCAACCGCCAAUCGACAUUUCGGAAAUAAACCGCCUGAGACACUCUCUUUUGGUCGGCUCACGCAUUUGGGACCGUAGGCUUUAUUUACUCGACACUCUCCUCAAGACUUCCAAUCCAAAACUCCCCAUUGACCUAAUAACAACUCUUUCAGAAAAUAACAUGCCCGAGCCCCCAAAAUUCAACGAUGACAUCAGCAUUACCUCGACGUCCCUCGAACGAUCCCCCUCGGCUGCAUCACUCCUUUCUGACCAAAUUGACUCCGCGUGGUCCGGAAGCGCUGACCUGGCUCUAGCCAAGAAAAAAAUCCCGUCUUUGAAGAGAGUGAUGGGUCCCACAAGAGUCUACUCGUUCGACUCUGCCCAAAGGCUUCAGGAAAGGAUACAAAAGGGCUUUCCCCCUUCAUCUCUCUACCUCUCGAACCUCCGCUCAUUUCACGCCUCUGGAGACUACAGACACAUGGUCCGAGAUCCCGUCAAUAUUCCCACCUAUGUACAAAGGACUUAUUCGCAAAUAUUUCCCCACGAGGACCAAAAAUUAAAUAAUAUUUUUUCUCCGUAUUUUAUUUCGCGGGUCCCUGCCCUGCCUGAAGGGGUGAGGCUAAUCCCCGCGCAUAACGACGUUUUUGUUUCCGUUUACGAAGACGAGCCCUCGAGCGUUAUUUCGUAUGCGCUGAGCUCGAGAGAGCACGAGGACUGGAUUGAAAACUUAAGGGACCUCUCGACAAUUUCGCUGGACUCGGAAAAUUCUCCCGAGAGCGUGCAGAAUAACUCUCCGCAUGUCCGGAUUUUUUUCGAGGAUGGGAGGACGAGAUUCUCGGUGACGUGUUAUUUCGCGAGGGAAUUUGAUUUUCUGAGAAGGAAAUGCUGCCCGAGACAAGUGGAUUUUGUUCGAUCUUUGAGCCGGUGCAGGAGAUGGAGUGCUCAAGGAGGAAAGAGUAAUGUGUAUUUCGCAAAGUCGUUUGACGAACGGUUUAUAAUUAAGCAGGUGACUAAGACUGAGCUGGAGUCGUUCGAGGAAUUUGCGCCCGAGUAUUUUAAGUAUUUGACGGAUGCGAUUGGCUCCGGAGGUCCGACUUGCCUUGCCAAAGUUCUCGGUAUUUAUCAGGUUACUGUCAAACAGUUGAAAGGCGGGAAAGACGUGAAAAUGGAUGUGAUGGUAAUGGAGAAUCUGUUCUUCAGAAGGAACAUCUCUAAAGUGUACGACUUAAAGGGCUCAUCUCGCUCACGUUACAAUCCAGACAAUGUGGGGCCCAACAAAGUACUUUUAGACACAAACCUGUUAGAGACACUCCGCACGAAUCCCAUAUUCCUCGGAAGCAAAGCCAAAAGGAGCCUUGAAAGAGCCGUUUGGAAUGACACGUCUUUUCUAGCUGAUAGAAAGGAGCUUGUAAUGGGGAUUAUUGAUUUCAUGAGGCAAUACACUUGGGACAAGCAUUUGGAGACUUGGGUGAAGGCAUCUGGCAUACUUGGUGGCCCAAAGAAUGCAUCACCCACCAUUAUUUCCCCUAAACAGUACAAGAAAAGAUUCAGAAAGGCAAUGACAACAUAUUUUCUUACUUUGCCUGAUCACUGGUCUUCCUAA